AAUACAUACACAAUUAUAAAAUUCAGGAAACCCCCAACAUUAUUAAUAUUUUUCGUUUUAGGAUUAGAAUUACAGAAGAAGUGGAAAAGUCUUCGAGAUGGCUACGACAGGGAACUAAAAAAAAUAAAAAAAGUGAAAUCUGGAUCGGCAGCUCCCGUAAAGUCAUCGUACUUAUUUUUUAAGAGGUUACAAUUUCUGCAACCAACUGUUCACAGAAAUACAACAGAAAGUAACUUUGAAACCGAUUUAAACAACGACGAAAAUACAGAAACUGUAAACUCGGAUCAAGAGACCUGUUUUAAAACUCCAAACCAGGCAGACAAAAAUUCAAAUUAUCAGCAACAAAGAAAAAAAAUUAAGCUCCAUCCAGCGGACGAACAUUUCGCUAAUGUUAUUGAGAAAAGUUUAAGUAGUAGAAGUAUCCCCGAGAAAAAUGAAGAAGAUGAAGAUAAGUUAUUUUGCUUGUCUUUAUACAAAGAAAUAAAAAAAGUACCUGAGGCCAUGCGUUUGAAAACGAAGAUAGAAAUUUAUAAUUUAAUUUUACAAAAACAAACUGUACAAUAAACACAUCUUCCAAGUUUCAUAGAUUCGCCUCAAUCUUACCAUGCAUCCUCAUCAUUCGUCUAACCAUUUACUCGACUAAAAUAUCCUUAAUAUUCUUAUACAAAUAAUUAUUCAAAUGCGCCGGAUUCUCAAAAUAGAGUACCUACAAAUUAUAUGACUAUUCUAAACGAAAUACGUCAACCAUACCAAAAUAAGGAAUCUCCAGGUACUCCAUCGUCAUUGUCUGUUAUCACUGAAAAUUCUCAAGGA